AUGAAUUUUUGUAGCGAAUGUAAUAAUAUGUUAUAUCCUAAAGCUGAUAGAGCUAACAGAACAUUACUUUUAGCUUGUAGAAUUUGCGAUCAUAAAGAAGAGGCUACAAAUAAUUGUGUAUACAGAAAUGAAAUUAAACAUUCAGUAAUGGAAAAAACACAUAUUUCACAAGAUAUUGCUGCAGAUCCAACAUUACCUCGUACCAGAGCCGCCAAAUGUCCUCAAUGUGGUGGUAGAGAGGCAGCUUUCUUCCAAUCUAUGACUGUCGAAAAUGGUAUGACUCUAUUUUAUGUAUGUUGUGCUUGUUCCGAAAAAUGGGUUCAUAAAUAA